AUGAGCAAGGCCAAGAGGUAUAAGGCAGAAGACAAGGUCUCCAAGAGAAAAUCAAAGGACCCUCCUUCUGGGGCUCGGUACACCAGCGGGCGUGGUGGGAGGCUCUCCUGGUGCGACGAAGACGAGCCCUGCCAGCACUGCAUCGUCGCCCUCUCAUCGACUAGUGGCGGCGGCACGGGACCGGCCUGCAAGAACAGACCCACAGACACCAAAGUUUGUGCGCGAGGCCGCAACAGACAGGAAGGCGAGGACUACGAGGUAGACGACAAGGAAGCGGCGAUGGGGCUGACCAAGCGCAAGUCUGCUCCCUCCUCCUUGACGAUCGAGCCCAGCGCCAAUGCCGCGCGUAAGCUCGGGCGACCGCCCAAGCGAAGGAAGACCGAAGCUGUGGAGUGGGUCGGACGAGCGAAGAUGGACGAAGCGAGCGGACGCAAGCUCUAUCGCGGGUUCGUGCUGGGCGGAUGUAAAUACGAGACCGGGGACUGCGUCUACUUGAACGCCCCCAAGAACGAGAGCGAUGAGGACGGGCUUUCGGAGGACCGGUUCUACAUCGCCCAGAUCAUGGAGCUCUGGGAAACGAAGGACGGUAAGUGCAUGCUCUCGGGCCGCUGGUUCUACCAACAACGCGAGAUCGACAGCUCAGUGCUGCGGUCCCUGAUGGCGUUCGGGGAGGGCGAGGAGGAGCACAUCGAAGAGACCGAUCGCGAGAUCUUCAUCUCCGAGGACUACGACGACAACCCCGUGCGCUCUGUCGAAGGGAAGUGCUUUGUGCAGCACGACAAGGAGAUCGGCAACCUGCAAGAGUACUGCCGGCGAGACGACCACUUCUUCUACCGCAAGUGGUACUCGAACGGGCGGUACGGCCUGGUGCAGGAGCCGCUCAAGGGCGAGUACUACGACGAGCCCCUCGUGCUCACCGCCAACAACCCCUACCUGGGGGGCACCUACCCGCGCCCGAGCGUCAUCACCGAGGAGACCUACCAUCGCCGCACCCAGGCCCUCGCCGCCUCCGUCGCCCACCUCCCGCCGCCCGCCCCGGGCAGCGCCCCCUCCGACGCCUACAAGGACGAGAACCACUCGCGCUCCAAUGGCGAGAUCUACAAGAACCACGACCUCGAUGGACGGGACCCACUUACGAUGGUGCCCUGCCAGCGAUUCGAGAAGAGUGCCGCGCUGUGGCACUCGCUCUCGCCCCACGAGCAAAAGAACGCGCAGCCCUUCACCAUCCACGUGAAGGCCUCCGUGCAGCUCCUCAUCGACUUCCACUCCCAUCUCCUCAACACCGAAGUCAUCGGAUUCCUCGGCGGCACGUGGGACCCCAUCACCCGAUCGAUUGUGGUGGAGGAGGCCUUUCCGUGCCGGUCGCUGGAGGGGUCGGCCACCGACGGCAUGAACGUGGAGAUCGAUCCGGUGUCGGAGCUGGCCGUGGCGGAGAAGAUCACGAGCAAGAAGAUGCGCAUCGUCGGGUGGUAUCACUCGCACCCGCUCUUCCAGCCCGACCCCUCCGUACGGGACAUCCAGACGCAGCGCAACUACCAGGCCCUCUUCCGCGACGCCGGCAGCAGCUGCGAGCCCUUCAUCGGCGCCAUCGCUGCGACGUACGACGCGCGGCUGCCGACCGAGGAGACGGUGUACAACUGGUUCUGGAUUCGGAACAAGCAGGACACCCUCUCCACGCGCCACAGCAAGCGGAGGAAGAAGGGCGGCGACAUCAUGAGCGUGCCCAUGCAGCUCCAGUACCACGUCGUCCAGGAGCAAACCGUGCCCCUUUCCGUCGUGCAGGCCAUGAAGGAGAUGGUGGACAACUGCAAGGGGAACAAGUACCGCACCAACUUCAAGCACGUGUGGCGCACGCAGGACCGACGCCGCACGGGUCCCGGCGCUCUGAUGCAUCACCACCGCGGAGGUGGCGGCGUAGGCGGCAGGGGUAAGGGCAAGGGCAAGCGGCCGUUCGAUCGAAAGCUACCGCCGCGGCACCACUCGGCCCACGACUCGGGGUCCGACGCCGAGCCUGAGCCCGAUGAUGAGGACGACGACUACGACGACGACGACGACGACCGCAAGGACGGCUUGGGCUCAAGCCACAACAACAACCACCACAACAACAACCACCACAGCGACAAGAUGGAGAAGGCCACGUCGCUCAACUACGUGUACAACAACAACAACGGCGGCGGCGGCGACGACGAUGCGCCGUUCAUCAUGAAGGGCGAAGACCCCGAGAACGGCGACGGCGACGACGAGUCUUCGCUGGCCGAGGCGCGCGGUAGAGGCCGGGGACGUGGGCGGGGCCGCGGGCGGGGACGAGGCACGCGCGGACGCGGACGCGGUCGAGGGCGGGGCCGCGGGCGGGGCCGGGGUGCACAGAGCCCGCGAGGCCGCGAACGCAGUCGCAGCGCGCCACUGGGGCGACACGACGGCCUGUGCGUCACCUCCGGCGCCGACGACGAAGGCGACGAGGCUGAUAGCCAUCGUCGCCACGACGACGCCCAGCCCAUGGCCAUCACGGAGGCCCCGAUCACCACUGCCGCCGCCGCCGCCCUGAGCAAUGGCGGCCGAGGCGAAGCGCACGACGGUGGAGACGCGUUGGCCCAGGGAACCGCGGUGGCGCCGGCCCGCCGUGAUGAUGAUGGUGGUGACGAUGAUGACGAUUGCCGAUCGUCGGCGAUGGAGGCAGGCGAGGCCAGCCUGGCCGAGGACGAGGCCGGCGGAGACUUGGAAGAGGGAGACGACCUGCACGCGGACCCGGCCGUCGCUGGCCGGAAGCGGAAACGGGCGGUUCCACACGACACUGGCGGGCACGCGGGGCUGUCGCUGGUGGCAGAUUCUGGGCUGAUGGCGGCGGCGGCCGCGAGCCGAGCCGGAGUCGCCGCCAGCACCAGCACCACCUCCUCCACGACGACCGCCACUCCGUCGGGCCAGACGAGCAGCGGUGGCGGCGGCGGCAGCGGUGAUGGCGGCAGCGGAGGGCAGCAGCAACAGGACGGCGGCGGCGGUACCACCGGCAACGCGCAGGGAAGCGGAGGUGCAGCAGGAAGCGGCGGCGGCGGCGGGGAUGAUGGGCGAAAGGGCGGCGAUGAUCACCGCGAUUCCCGUCACGAAACGGAAGACGACGAGGGAAAAGAAAAAGAGGAGGAAGAGGAGGAGAAGAAGGACGAGCCCGGGCGACGACAGGGCACCAACAACACCAACGAGGAGGAGGAGGACAUGGAGGAGGAGGAGCAGCGGGCGACACCGGGGCUGGAGGCGGAGGAGGCAGUGCUGGAGAUGCCGCAGCUGCUGACGACGCUGGCCCACCCCGACGAGAGCGUCAUCACGGAGGCGUGGGCGCGUGAGCACCUGCCCUCGUGGGUCGGCGACAUCGACACCACCCUGGUGCUGUUCGACCACCACCCGCAGCAGCAGCAGCAGCAGCAGCAGCCCUUUGACCAGCUCGGAGCCGCCUCCUCGGCGGGGUCGGACAAUGGAGUACCGGAGGCCUCUCCCGUGGGAGAGGCUCGAGCGUUGGUGGCAACGGCGACGGCGACGACUGGCGGAGUGGGCCAGGAUUUUGAGUCGGGCGGCAAGGGCGGGAGCGAUGACGAUGGCGGCGCUACCCUCGACCUUGCCGACGCCCCGCCCGUCGCAGAGCAUCAUCGUCAACACCAACAACCCCUCGGCUACCAACAGCGGUACCACCCGCACGUCGAAGAGGAACCGGAGCUGGGAGAGCAGAGCGGCCAGCUGAUCUUCGACGCCCAUGUCGGACUCGGCGGCUCCCUCCCCGUGGCCGCCGAGGCCAGCGCGCUGUCGAUGGAGAAGGGGCGAGGCGUCGUGCGCUUUGCGUCGGGCCCGCCGUCGCCGGCCUCUCCGAGCAGCACCAGCGGCGACGAUGGGUGGCCGGUGGAGCUGGACGACGAGAUCUACGUCGGUGUCGAGCAGCUGCGCCUCGCCGACCGGCCGGGGGAGGGCUUCUUCGACGACGACCCCCUCCGCUACCCGGACGCCAUCCACUCGGGGCCCUCCUCGCCCGUCCUCGUCUUCCUGCCCUUCCCCACCUCCUCCGGGCCCUCCUCGCCCGCCCUCUCGCUCGCCGGCCUCUCCGCUGGACUCGACGAGGCGGUGGCGGCGGCGACCAUGACGGACGAGGCGGCGGCAGAACCGACGUCGUCAGCCUCGGUUCCAUCGCCGCUAGCAGCCUUCACGUUCUCCUCGGGCUCCGAGUCGGCCGACGACGCCUCGCCCUCGGACGCCUCCACUACGCGCCACCACCAGCCUCGGGCCGCGGGGCUCGGACGAGGAGGGCCUUCGCCCAGGCGAGGAGGUCGGGGCAGAGGCCGAGGCCGAGGCCGUGGCGGCGGCUCCACGCGCGGACGCCGGAGGAGCGUCAUACAGGCCACCGCCGCCGCCGCUGCUGCCGCUGCCGCGGCAGCUGCGGGCACCACGACCAGCACCACGACCACGACCAUCACCAGCGGCAGCGGCAGCAGCGUCGGGAAAACACGUGGCGGAAAGGAGGUCAGGGACGAGGCCGGGAGGCGACGGCGGAGCAUGUCGCAUCAGUUCCUCCGACCCACCGCCCACGAAGAUGACGAUGGCGGGGGCGGGGGCGGCGAGCAUGCCGAGAAUGUCGAUGACCGCGUGCCGGACGCGACCGACGAGAUGGACGAAGACGUGAAGGGGAAUCAUCAUGAAGAAGCGGAGGAGGAGGAGGAGGAGCAAGAGGAAGAGGAACAGCCAGAGGGCGAUGAAGAGGAAGAAGAGGAGCGCAAGCCGAGAGGGCGUGGCCGAGGAGGGAAGAAUGGGGCCACGACGCGAGGCAGCAGCAACCAACGACGUGGCGGCGGCCACAGCAGGGAGAAGGUGACCAAGGACGAGAAGCUCCGGCGGGUGCUGCAAGGUCGGCUCGGACAGGGGUUCGCAAUGCCCGAGGGCGAGAAGACGGCCUUUGUGGACGACAUGAUGGCCUACCUCCUGCGCGACUGGCACCGCGCCGACUUCAAACCUCUCCGCGGCCACCACCACUGA